AUGCGUGACUACUUUGUUGAAAACCCAAAGUUGGGCCCGGUUUGGUUUCGUGAAAGAUUUCGAAUGAGUCAAAGGUUGUUUUUGAAGAUUGUUACUGAUAUUGAGCAACGGUUCGUUUACUUUCAACAACGUAUAGAUCGGUCGGGGAGAAAGAGUUUAGCAGCCAUACAAAAAUGCACAUCCGUGGUGGAACAGCUCGGAACGGGCAACCCUCCAGAUAACUUUGAUGACUACUUGUGCAUGGCAGCAAGAACUUCUCGCGAAAGCCUUGAUCAUUUUUGCAACGCAGUCAUCGAGUUAUAUCGUGACGAGUACUUACGUAGGCCGACUAGUCAUGAUGUUGCCCGGUUGUACGAAGCGCAUGAACGGAGACACAAGAUUCCGGGAAUGCUAGGAAGUCUUGAUUGUACGCAUUUUGUUUGGAGAAAUUGUCCCAAAGCGUUGAAGGGACAAUACAAUAGAGGAUCGCUCAACGAUAUCAAUGUCUUGAUGCAAUCGACUUUGUAUAUGAGGGAGCGAAAUUCGACGGCUCCUGACUCGUCUUUUACCGUAAACGACCGUCGUUAUAAACGGGGAUACUAUCUUACCGAUGGAAUCUAUCCUAGGUGGGCGACUCAUGUCAAGGCAAUCCCAUAUCCGACUGAAACAAAUGACAAGAAGUUCAAGAAAGUUCAAGAAUCGGCAAGAAAGGAUGUGGAGCGAGCGUUUGGUGUUUUGAAAGGAAAAUGGGGGAUUUUGAGUCGGCCAAUGCGAGCGAUGACGGUCGACAAGAUUACUAACAUUGUGCACGCAUGUAUCAUAUUGCACAACAUGAUUCUAAAGGAUGAUGGAAGGGCAAUAACACUGGUUCGUAUUGUGGAUAGGGGAGUUCAAGUGGUUUAUAACCACGAUGCAGUGGAUGAGAUAGAAGAUGAAGAAGUUCAUCAUCGUCUUCGAUAUGAUCUUACAGAGCACGUUGGGAGACUAAAUUUAUCCCACCUCGACGACCCGGCGGCUCAACCAACACCGAUUGCCGAUUUAUUUAUUUAG